GGAAAAGUUAAGCAUACUAAUUGACAACACCACGCAACAUGACAUAACAUAAGUCGCAUAUAUACUUAUAGCAAUGCCAAUCCAUCUACCUGCUCAUGAAACAUUUACCAACUUAGUUAACAAUAUCUACUGCAAAUGCCUAAUAUCUACAAUAGUCAUAAUAUAUAAACAUGCCUUAUAA